UGUGAGUGAAAUGGACAACAAUACUGUUUCCUUUUACUUCAACCUCACCAUGUUUGUGAACAUCGGACACUACUGCUAUCCAGCCUUUGUCUUUUGCCUCCUGCUCUACAGUUUUAUUGUCUCUGCUAAUCUCGUCAUAAUGCUGGUGAUAUCUCGAGAAAGAACUCUGCAUGAGCCCAUGUAUAUGUUUAUUGCUUGUUUAUCUGUCAACGCUCUGUAUGGUUCUACUGGCUUCUUCCCCAGAUUCCUCAUGGAUCUUCUGUCUGACUCUCAUUUGAUCUCACGUCCUGCUUGUUACAUUCAGAUAUAUGUUAUUUACACAUAUGCUUCCAAUGAAAUUAUAAUCCUGGGCAUUAUGGCAUACGAUAGGUAUGUUGCUGUAUGUCAUCCUUUACACUACCACAGAAAAAUGACCUCUAAAACUGUUUUCAAGUUGGCAGCGAUGGCUUGGAUUUAUUCAGCCUUUGUUGUUAUAGUAUUUAAUUCUAUGUCCGUCAGGCUUCCUUUAUGUGGUAACAAGAUACAAAAAGUGUUUUGUGCCAACUGGAAUAUCGUAAAAUUAUCAUGUGUUGCCACAGUUGUCAACAAUAUUGUAGGUAUGCUUUUAACUAUAGCCACAGUUUUCCUUCCCCUUUUUUACAUCCUGUACACCUAUCUGCGAAUAAUAAUCGUUUGCUGGAAAAGCUCAGCAGAAUUCAAAGGGAAAGUAUUAGAGAGCUGUCUGCCACACGUUAUUUCUUUUGUGAUAUAUUCCAUCACAGGAUUUUGUGAUAUCGCCCUGAGCCGGUAUGAUCCUGAAGAGAUAAACACAUUUAUGGCUGUUUUUCUGUCACUAGAGUUUGUUGUCAUUCCUCCAGUUUCGAAUCCUCUUGUGUAUGGCCUGAAGUUACCAGAAAUUAGGAGACACAUUUUAAGAAUGUUAUAG